AUGGCAGAGAUUUCGAGUAUGGGUAGAUUGCAGCAUAAGAAUUUAGUUCAUAUCAAGGGUUGGUGCCGCAAAGGAAGCCAGUUGAUGUUAGUGUAUGAUUAUUUACCUAAUGGAAGUUUAAACGAUUGGAUAUUCGAUAAGCCGAAACAAGUUCUGAAUUGGAUUGGACGAAAACAGGUUAUGAUCGAUGUUGCCGAAGGUCUGCAUUAUCUGCUCUAUGGUUGGGAUCAAGUUGUGUUGCAUCGCGAUAUUAAGUCGAGUAAUAUACUACUGGACGCAGAAAUGCGAGGACGAUUAGGCGAUUUCGGGUUGGCAAAGCUGUAUCAACAUGGCCAAGUUCCAGGUACUACAAGAGUAGUAGGUACAUUGGGUUAUUUAGCACCAGAGUUGGCAGUUUUAGCAUCACCAACUCAAGCUAGUGAUGUGUAUAGUUUCGGUGUUGUGAUUCUAGAGAUUGUUUGUGGCAGAAGACCUAUUGUUACUUGGACUGAAGAUGAAUUGUUAUUGAUAGAUUUUGUUAGAGAAUUAUAUGAACAAGGAGAAUUGAGUAAAUGUGUUGAUGUAAGGAUUGCAGGAGAAUAUAAAACUGAUGAGAUUGAAAAUGUUUUGAAAUUAGGAUUAGCUUGUUGUCAUCCUGUUCCUAAACAAAGACCUACUAUGAAAGAAGUUGUUGCUGUUUUAUUAGGUGAAGGUUCUUCAUCAGUGGCUCAACCAGGACAUUUGUUGUCACAUCUUUCAAGAAGUGGUGGUAGUGGUGAAGAUGUUUGA